GGAUGCGAAAACGUAUGUUCGCGGUUAGCGUUUUACCUCUACUAAAAAAAAUUUAACCACACUUCCAAAAGGAUGAUUCGUAAUACGAUUGGAUCUUAGACCAUUCAUCCUUUAAGCGAAAUUGCCGUAUUCGUGGCCUAACGAACGAUGCCUACCAUCGCCGGAUCGGAGAAAUCGAAGAGCAUCGAGACUCCUCGGAAGAGAAAGCUGAGAUCGGAGGAAGCCAAUCACUUGUCCAAGGACACAACCCCUACGCCGAAGAAACUGAAAUCUCGUCGACGAAUUGCUGUUUCAAAUCUCAGAACGCCAGAAAAGGAAGUUAAGAAAGACUCUAAUGAAAACUUGGCAGUGGAUAACUUAUCCGAUUGUUUAGACUCUGAAUCUAACUGGAACCCUCGAGAUGAGGAGCAAAUGAGAGCUGUGAAAGAGGCAUUGCAUGUAUCUAAAACACCGUCGACAAUUGUUUGCCGUGAAGAUGAACAGAGACGCAUUUUCUAGUUUGUGAAAGGCUGCUUAGAUCAGCAGAAGGCUGGGAGUUUGUACAUUUGCGGCUGUCCUGGGACUGGGAAGUCACUGUCCGUGGAGAAAGUUGUACAACAAGUUGGUGAUUGGUCGAAGCAGGUAGCAGUUUUUGUAGUUUAUAACAUACAACUUAAAAUUUGUUAGUAAGGUGCUGUUCGU